GGCGCGAGCGUGUGAUUUGACAGUCGCAGCGCACCGUGUCCGUGCGCGUGUAUGUUUACGAGCGCCGUGGUCCACGUGCGACAUAUGGAGUCACACUUCGCGGCGAGUCGGCAGCAGAAACGAUGACCGGCGCGCCGCGCGACCCCUUCUACUCCUCGCCGUUUGGUCCGUUCUAUCGGAGGCACGCGCCCUACCCGGCGCAGCCGGAGUACCGGAUCCACGAGCUCAACAAACGACUCCAGUCCCGGACUGAGGACUGUGAUAUUCUGUGGUGGGAUGCAUUUUGCACUGAGUUCUUCGAGGAAGAUGCAACAUUAACACUCUCAUUCUGUCUGGAGGAGGGACCAAAGACAUAUACAAUCGGACGGGCGCUGAUCCCUCGCUUCUUCAGUACCCUGUUUGAAGGAGGAGUGUACGAGUUAUUUUUUGAGCUGAAACACACAAAAGAGUCUUUCAACAGCUCAACCAUCACUGUAGACUGCCACCAGUGCACCAUGAUAACACAACAUGGCAAGCCUACUUUCACAAAGGUGUGCACGGAGGGCCGCUUGGUUUUGGUGUUCACCUUUGAUGACCUUAUGAGGAUCAAGACGUGGCACUUCACCAUCGCGCACUAUAGCGAGCUCAUCCCCCGCAGUAUGCUGGCUGUUCAUGCACAAGACCCUGGAGCUCUGGAGCAACUGUCCAAAAACAUUAGCAGAGUGGGACUAACUAAUCUUACAUUGAACUACCUCAGACUGUGUAUGAUUCUGGAGCCGAUGCAGGAGCUGAUGUCGAGGCAUAAAACUUACGGUUUGAGUCCUCGAGACUGCCUGAAGACCUGCCUCUUUCACCAGUGGCAAAGGAUGACAACACCACCAGUCGGACCAUCACCCAAUUUUAAGACAGAAAUGUUUCAAUCAAAUUCCAAAAAAUCAGAACCAGCUAAACCAACAACAAAGAGAAGAAGGAGGCGGAACUCAGCUGGUAGUGCAUCCAAUAGCAGCACAGGCAACAGCAAGAAGCGCAGUCCAGCCAACAGCUUCAGCGUGCCCACACAGGAUGUAAUGGUAGUCGGGGAGCCCUCUCUGAUGGGAGGGGAGUUGGGAGAUGUGGACGAGCGUUUGAUCACUAGGCUAGAGAACGAACAAUAUGACCCGGCCAGUGGUCUCCAUGACGACGGUCUCCAUGACUACCCCAACUCACAGGUGCUCAGCAACAGUGGAUCCUGGAAUGGCCAGCCCCCUGGCAACCAGGACAGCAAGCCUGAUACCAUGGCAACACAGCAGUUGGAGUAAUCUGAACUGACAGUGGGUAGCUAUGGGAACGUAACUACCGAGGGAUGGGAGUGCUCAUCUAGGGAUGGAGAGAAGGAAUUUGUGUGUGUGUGUGUGGGUGAGUGAGUGGGUGUGGAAGUGGGGGUGCGAUGUGUGUUUGAGCUAAGACAUGUGACAUAUGAUGUCAUCCCAUAAGUAAGAUUAUUACAAUGGCUUUAACAGUGUUUUUUCAAUCUCCACCCACAGAGACAGAAAGGAGUAGAAGAAAACAAUUAUCAUUGCACAUACAUUUCCAUGGCUUCUAACAGUAAAGUUCAGAUAUCAUAGAAAGCUCUAUAAAUAGCCUGCGAUAUCAACUAAUUUCAUACCUGAAUUUUUAAGAUAUCUGGAUAAUUCAUCUUAAUUAUGUUGUAUAAUCUUGGUUUUGGCUCUCAGAAAUUGAUAAACUGUCUUCUUUGUGGGUAUUGUAUAUGUUUUUUUGAGCACAGCAGCAGAUACUUUUUUCCUUUAUUACUUCAUUGUUUAAUGUAUAAUGUAAUAUACCUGCAGGUAUGUGUAUUUACCAUUUUGUGUGCAUUUUCUGUAAACAUUUCAAUUAUUCACAUAAAUAAAAUGUUUGGUUAUGACAACAGGCCAAUGCCUUAGUUACUCAGUUAUUUAAUAUUGUUUGUUUCAGUGCUGAAUUAAAUAAACCAUU